CUUUCCCUCCUUCUCGGUGAAGGCUGCACAGCUGGCAAUUUACAGACAAUAACGCUGGAAGGAGUAAUUGGCUGCUGGGUGGACCACUGUCCUGCAAAUUGGACCCGCGAUUGAUGAAGAAGAUGAACUAGCAGACAUACAAGGAUAUUUAUUCAUCUACCAUCACUGGGGGUUGGUUUAUACCUUUCUGGAUCACCAGAAUCCAAGAGUCAGUUCCCCCAUCUCUCCACUGGAACCGUUAUAACCUCCUCAUACUGGACACAUAAGCUAAAACAAUGGUGAAGUCCCGUCACAGACAACAGCUAGCAUUCAGCCUUCUGUUUGGGUUGUGGUUACCCAGCUGUUUAACCCAGACUACACCGUCAAGCACAGCCUCACCGACACCCACGCCUUCACCGUCCUCCCAGCCCCAGACCGAGCGGCUAAAGGUCAGACUGGCUGGAUACCCACGAAAACACAACGAGGGCCGGAUAGAGCUUUUCUACAAGGGAGAGUGGGGAACCAUCUGUGACGACGACUUCUCAAUAAUAAACGCCAACGUGCUCUGUCGCCAACUGGGCUUCGUCUCAGCAACAGGAUGGACCCACAGCGCCAAAUAUGGCAAGGGACAAGGGAAAAUCUGGCUGGACAACGUGCUGUGUGCUGGAGGAGAGAAGAGCAUCGAAUUCUGCAGACAUCGCGGCUGGGGCAACAGUGACUGCACUCAUGACGAGGACGCCGGAGUCGUGUGCAAAGAUGAGAGGAUUCCCGGCUUUGUGGACCCAAAUGUUAUCGACGCUCACGUCGAUGAGAACAAGAUAGAGGAGGUGCGACUCCGUCCCGUGGUGGCCGUGGCCAAAAAGAAGAAGCCAAUCACAGAGGGCGUGGUGGAGGUGAGGUACAAGGACGGCUGGGCGCAGAUCUGCGAUCAGGGCUGGACGAUCAAAAACACACGUGUGGUCUGUGGCAUGCUGGGAUUCCCACAUGAGAGGAAAGUCAACAAGAACUUCUACAAGUUGUAUUUGGAGCGUCAGAAGAACUACUUUCACAUCCACUCAGUGGCAUGUACGGGCACAGAGGUCCACCUGGCAGCCUGCCCGUUGGAGUUCAGCAAGCCAAACGCCACGUCCACUUGUCAGGGAGGCAUAGCGGCUGUUGUCAGCUGCAUGCCAGGACCACAGUUCAUGCAGAACAGCGGAUUAAAGAAGAAACUCAAAAUUUCAAGCAAUGUGAGGCUGAAGGGAGGCGCUAGGGUUGGCGAAGGACGUGUGGAGGUGCUGAAAGACAACGAGUGGGGAACAGUGUGUGACGAUCGCUGGAACCUGCAGUCGGCCAGCGUCGUCUGCAGGGAGCUUGGCUUUGGGAGUGCAAAGGAAGCUCUGACUGGAGGCCGCAUGGGACAAGGUAUGGGUCCGAUCUACAUGAACGAGGUUAAGUGUCACGGCCUGGAGAAGUCCAUCUGGAGCUGCCCGUUCAAAAACAUCACAUCUGAGGACUGUCAGCACAUGGAGGACGCUGCUGUCCGCUGCAACGUGCCCUACCUCGGACUGGAGAACUCGAUAAGAAUCACAGGCGGUCGGACCCGCUACGAGGGCCGAGUGGAGGUCCUGAGCACUGACUCAAACGGGACUCAGAGCUGGGGUCUGAUCUGUGGAGAGACCUGGAACACCAAGGAGGCCAUGGUGGCCUGCAGGCAGCUGGGCUUGAACUACGCUAACCAGGGUCUGAAAAUCCGGAUAGUGGGCGGCCGCAGCACUUAUGAGGGCCGGGUGGAGGUUCAGGUGGGGUCCAAGUGGGGCACAGUGUGCAGCACAGGCUGGACCACAAGGGAAGCCAUGGUGGUUUGCAGGCAGCUAGGGCUCGGAUACUCCAUGCAUGCCAUCACUGAAACGUGGUACUGGGACAGCAGCAAUGUGACUGAAAUGGUGAUGAGCGGGGUGAAGUGCACGGGAAACGAGAUGUCUCUGAGUCAGUGUCAGCACCACAAAACUGUCAACUGCCAGAAGUCUGCGGCCAAGUUUGCAGCGGGAGUCAUCUGUUCUGACACGGCGUCCGACCUAGUCCUGAACGCCCCCCUGGUCCAGCAGACGGUUUACAUUGAGGAUCGCCCUCUGCACAUGCUCUACUGUGCUGCAGAGGAGGACUGCCUGUCAAAGUCUGCAGCCAAAGCCAACUGGCCCUACGGACACCGGCGCCUGCUCCGCUUCUCCUCACAGAUCCACAACAUCGGACGCGCUGACUUCAAACCGAAGGCUGGGCGCCACUCCUGGGUCUGGCACGCCUGUCACGGCCACUACCACAGCAUGGAUAUUUUCACCCACUAUGACCUUCUGAACUCAAACGGUACCAAAGUGGCUGAGGGGCACAAAGCCAGCUUCUGUCUGGAGGACACAGACUGUCAAGAGGGUAUUUCUAAGAGGUACGAGUGUGCAAACUUUGGCGAUCAGGGAAUCACCGUUGGCUGCUGGGAUUUAUACCGCCAUGACAUCGAUUGCCAGUGGAUCGACAUCACAGACGUUAAACCCGGGAACUACAUCUUGCAGAUUGUAAUUAAUCCAAAUCAAGAGGUGGCUGAGAGCGACUUCACCAACAACGCCAUGAAAUGCAACUGUAAAUAUGACGGACAUCGAAUCUGGCUCCAUAACUGCCACAUUGGUGAUGCUUUCAGUGAAGAGGCAGAGAGAAGGUUUGAAAAAUAUCCCGGACAGCUGAACAAUCAAGUUUCUUAAUCAUUAAAAUCAUCAACCAUAUGAGACAAAGAUUGGACGAUUAAACGACUAAAAACUCACCUCAAAAGCCCAAAAAGCAGCACCCAAAAUCUUUGAUUUAAAUAGAUUCCCCUUUUUUAUCUCAAGGAAGAAACCAGCAGUAUUGUUCACCAGUGAAUGUGUUGUCAGACGUUUUAUACUUGAAUAUUCAAGUGCUUAUUUUUUAAUUUUUGGUCUAAUGUGAGCUAUAUUUUUACCACAAGAUGAUUUUACAAAGCCAGUCAUUCAAUCUGUGUGUGUACAGCCUUUAGUGAAUGUUUUUGAGUCAUGAAUGAGGUUUAUUAUUUUUAUAACCAGUUUUUUUGUGUUUUACUUGGAGCAGUCUAAUGAUAAAACUGAGGCAUUAACAGGAACGAAACACUGGUCUAACUGGUUCAUACUGGGUGUAAUGGACACAAUAGAAACACUUUUUACUCCUCAGAGUACAACUAAAGCAACACCUGGAUAAAUCACUCUGGAUUGCACCAUUUUUCUCUGAAUAUAAAAGAGUUUGGUAAAGAAAAUACAGAUCCUUACAUCAGUUUCUGCUCAGUUUAACACGCCUGCCUCCAUCCACAGUUACUUUGUGAAUGUAUUUAUUGAUCAUAAUGAAGGACGGUGCUUAAAAUCAACACCUUCAGUAGCAUUUCUGUCUGUUUGCUUUGUGGUUUUGAAGCCAUCUGUAGCCUUAGUCUGUCUGUAUCAUGUAUAGUCAUGUGUUUAAUCAUGUAGGGUCAGAACACAAGGAAAAUAACCAAAAAACAACUACAAUAACCCUGAAGAGUGGCUGUUUGUACAUGUAUGCUGAUGUAAUCGCACCUGCUUCACCAAAUAAAGGAGAGGAAUAGGAACUGUGAUGAGUGUGAGAUCUAUUUCAUCACUAACUGUUCUGUCUGAUUUCAGUGAAGGUGCAGAGACAGAGCAAGAUGAGGAAGAUGGAGGACAAAAAAGCAGGGACAGAGCAAGAUGAGGAUGACAGAGGAGAAGACAGCAGGGACAGAGCAAGUUGAGGAUGAUGGAGGAGAAGAAAACAAGUAUGGAUAGCAAGAUGAGAAUUAUGAAGGAGAAGAAAGUAGGGAUAGAGCAAGAUGAGGAUGACGGAGGACAAAAAAGCAGGGACAGAGCAAGAUGAGGAUGAUAGAGGAGAAGACAGCAGGGACAGAGCAUGUUGAGGAUGAUGGGGAAGAAGAAAGUAAGGACAGAGCAAGAUGAUGGAGGAGAUGAAAACAGAUAUGGAUAGCAAGAUGAGAAUUAUGGAGGAGAAGAAAGCAGAGAUAGAGCAAGAUGAGGAUGACGGAGGACAAAAAAGCAGGAACAGGGAGUCCUUGAGGACACCCUCCUUUAAAGCUCAUUUCAUUCUAAGUGUGGCGUUAAUAUACCAAAUAAACACUGUGGUGACUUAAAUUGACUAGAAACUAAUCACUGAAACUGUGAAACAUUAGGAAAAGUUUACCGAGGUGACUUUAACAGUAGAAGGUCAUUGACUUCUUUACGACAGCACUUCUUUUACAAGUAUCGCCAUCUGGUGGUCAUCAGAGUGCAAGUAUGAUGUCCUGUAUUGCCUCUACUUUACUGUAUAGAUGCAGAUGUUUGA